GAUCCUCGACUGGAGAGACACUUCAAGGGUCACAGGGACACCGUGACCGGUGUGGAUUUCAGCUGCACCAUGAAACAAAUAGCCACUGGCUCCAUGGACUCCUGUGUGAUGAUCUGGAAUAUGAAGCCCCAGAUGAGAGCAUAUCGCUUUGUGGGACACAAGGAUGCAGUGACGUCUGUACAGUUCUCCCCAUCAGGGCACCUGGUGGCAUCAGCAUCCCGUGACAAGACAGUUCGACUCUGGGUACCCAGCGUGAGGGGUGAGUCGACUGUUUUCCGUGCUCACACAGGGACCAUUCGCAGCGUCUGCUUCUCCAGCGACGGUCAGUCCUUAGUCACGUCCUCCGAUGACAAGACCGUCAAAGUGUGGGCAGUGCACCGACAGAAGUUCCUCUUCUCCCUCAGUCAGCACAUCAACUGGGUGCGCUGUGCCAGGUUUUCACCAGACGGUCGACUUAUUAUCUCAGCAAGUGAUGACAAAACCAUUAAGAUCUGGGACAAAACCAGCCGUGAGUGUAUACACUCCUUUUACGAACAUGAAGGGUUUGUGACAUGUGCCGAUUUCCACCCCAGUGGUACCUGCGUGGCUGCGGCCAGCACUGACAGCAGUGUCAAAGUGUGGGAUAUCCGCAACACCAAGCUCCUGCAGCAUUACCAAGUGCACAGCGCGGCUGUGAAUGGCCUGUCUUUCCACCCAUCGGGAAACUACCUCAUCACAGCCUCCAGUGACUCUACGCUGAAGGUUCUGGACUUAGUGGAGGGCAGACUGUUGUACACGCUCCAUGGACACCAGGCACAGGCAACAUGUGUGGCAUUCUCGAGAUCUGGGGAUUUCUUUGCUUCAGGCGGCUCAGACGAACAGGUGAUGGUGUGGAAGACUAAUUUUGACGUGGCUGACUACAGGGAGGUGCUGAGAGUGCAGAAGAAUAACAGAAUUGUGGACUGCCCCACCGCUGUGGACCCUCACUCUGCCCCUUCGCAUGCUGACCCUUGUUUGGAGACAGUGGAUGCCCACAAGCCCCGAUUAGGAGCGACGAGCCGCAACCAUGACCAGACUCUGGAGGUGCCCUCUGAAUCUUGCACCAUGCCCCUGUCCUCCUCCAUCCAGCAUCCUGCUGAAGGAGGGGGGUCCUCUGCCUUGACUAGCACCCUGGAACACAUUGUGGGCCAACUGAACGUCCUGACCCAGACAGUGGCGAUUCUGGAACAGAGGCUGACACUGACGGAGGACAAGCUGAAGGAGUGCAUUGACAACCAGCAGAGGAUCACCCUGCGGCUCCAGCCCAGGGAUUGACUGAGCACCGGCGUCCCCAAAAGGAUGUGCUGUCUGGCCUGCGGUGCGUCCCCUCUGACAGGCUGCCUCCCAACCCCACCCAGCACCUGGUUCUACCUUUUUCAGCAAGUAGUUCAUUGGAUCAGAGGGUUCAGCUGUGCAUUGCCUGGGUCCCAUGAUGACAUCUUGUCCUCCCUCUGUGUGUGUGUGUGUGUGUGUGUGUGUGUGUGUGUGUGUGUGUGUGUGUGUUCUGGGCGGGUGGGUUCACUUCUGUCAGGCCACCUGGGGCCACACAGACAUCCACAUGGUGAGUUAUGGGGUUCUUGGGUCUCCAUUAAGAUAAACAACAGUGGACUGAGAUUUACGCAGAGCGUGGCCUGUGUGUUUCUCUUGGUUUGUAAAGAGGACGAUGGCCGACCAGCACAACCUUGCUCAUCGGCUCUACUGAUUACUGGUGUAAAAAAGCAUUUUCCACUUCAUGAGAUCUGCAUUCUUGCGCUGGAGAGAAAAGGACCUUACUGGAAUUACCACUUUCUUUUACUCCCCCUUUAAUAUAAACACUGUUUAA